AUGCCACCCAUAACCAAGCCCUUUUUUGCCUUCUUUUUCUUUGCGAUUUUAGUCCUCGCCACGUUGAUGCAACUGCAGGCGGCAGUGGCCGAAGUGUCCAAAGCCUACAUCAACCAUUCCAACACCGUCCUCCGCGGCUCGUCCGACCUCGAGGACGGACCCCUGGCCAACAUUGCCAACCUCCUGCAAGAGAAUGGUCUCUUCGGGUUCCCUGGCUUCGGCGGCGCGCGCGCGACCAGCCCCGGCGCAAAGUCCGAGGUCGGCGAAGUCGGCGGCAAGAAGAAGCGCAAGCGCGCCCCCCACGACCCCAAUGCGCCCAAGCGCGCCCUGACCCCGUUCUUCCUGUACAUGCAGCACAACCGCGCCAAGAUCUCCGCCGAGCUGGGGUCCGGCGCCCGGCCCAAGGAGGUCUCCGACGAGGGCACCCGCCGCUGGCAGACGAUGCCUCAGGCUGAGCGAGAUGUCUGGAAGCAGAUGUAUGCAGAGAACCUAGCUCUCUACAAGGAGCGCAUGCGCCUCUACAAGGCCGGUCUGCCCAUCACGGAUGAUGCGCGCGCCGCCAACCAGCUCCAGCAGGAGGCCGAGGCGACCAACGCCGAGGAGUCCGACGAGACUGGUGAUGAUGACCUCGCGGCCGAGCCCCCGCGCGAGCCCACCCCCCCGCGCAGCGGCAAGCGUCGUCGCAGCGAGGUGAAGUCUACCCCCAAGCAGGCCGAGACGCCCAAGAUCCCGGCGCCGGAGGCCAAGACCCCCGCGGAGAAGAAGGCGUCGCCCGAGAAGAAGGCCUCGCCGGAGAAGCGGAAGCGUGGACCCAAGGCGGCGGCGGCUGCGCAGAAGGACGAGGCAUCGACUCCGGCGGCGGCGGGUCGCAAGUCUCUGGGCGGGGGUGAGGCACCGAAAGAGACGACCAAGCGGGCGAAGAAGAAGCGUUUAUACUAUGGAGUUAUGAAGAGUGGAGUCAUUAGUCCACCCGCGGCCAACCAGAGGCCGAACGGCCCUUAUCAGCUUAUCUCGGCCGUCUGGCCAACGAACCCGCCCUCUUUUCUGUUCUCUCUUUUAAUCCCCGUUGCCGGCCCCCUCGCCGUCGUCUGCGGAGUUCGCCGGCUUCUUCUUCUUCUUCUUCUUCCUUCUCUUUCUCUUUCUCUCUUUCGCUUCCGUCGUCUUCUCCGGUUUUUCUUUUCGUCAUCCCCCCUCCUUCUUGAACCCCAGCCCUGCCGUGUCCGGGGUGAUAUCUGGUUCCUCGCCACCUUUCUUCCCCAGGACCGUACUCUCUACCUUACCAGGCUUGACAAGCUCGCCAUCUCGCAGCUGGGCUUCCUCGCCCAACGGCGCCUGGCCCGUGGUGUGCGACUCAACCAUGCGGAGGCCGUCGCCUUGAUCUCCUCCAACCUGCAGGAGCUCAUCCGCGAUGGCCACUACUCCGUCGCCGAUCUCAUGUCCAUCGGGAAGACCAUGCUGGGUCGUCGUCAUGUCCUCCCCUCCGUCCCCUUCACCCUCAUCGAACUCCAGGUCGAGGGAACCUUCCCCACCGGCACCUAUCUCGUCACCGUCCACCAUCCGAUCAGUAGCGACGAUGGCGACCUCGAAAAGGCCCUCUACGGCAGUUUCCUCCCCGUGCCUCCGUCCGACGCCUUCCCGGAUCCCAAACCCGAGGACUACGAGCUCGAGAAGAUGCCCGGCGCCGUCAUCCCGGUCAAGAACGAGCGCAUCACCCUGAACGCCGGCCGCAAGCGCAUCAAGCUCAAGGUUAUGAGCAAGGGCGAUCGCCCUAUCCAGGUCGGCUCCCACUACCACUUCAUCGAAACCAACCCCCAGCUCCACUUCGACCGUCUGCGCGCCUACGGUUACCGACUGGACAUCCCCGCCGGCACCUCCGUGCGGUUCGAACCGGGCGACACCAAGACCGUGACUCUCGUGGAAAUCGCCGGCAAUCGCGUCAUCAAGGGAGGCAAUUUUAUCGCUUCGGGCAAGGUGGAUCUUGCGCGCGCCGAAGAGAUCAUGCAGCGUCUCCAGGUGGAAGGCUUCGCGCAUACUCCGGACCCGACGGCGGAUGCCGCCCUCGUGGAACCCUUCACCAUGGACCGCGAGAUCUACGCCCGCAUGUUCGGCCCGACCACCGGGGACCUGGUCCGCCUCGGCUUGACCAACCUGUGGGUGCGCGUCGAGAAAGACUACACUAUGUACGGCGACGAGUGCUCCUUUGGCGGCGGGAAGAGUCUCCGUGAUGGCAUGGCGCAAGCGUCCGGACGGUCGUCCAAGGACUGCCUGGAUACCGUGGUCACGAACGCGUUGAUCAUCGACUGGACGGGAAUCUACAAGGCGGAUAUCGGCAUCCGCAACGGUGUCAUCGUGGGCAUCGGAAAGGCUGGAAACCCUGAUAUUAUGGACGGCGUGCACCCUGACAUGGUGGUCGGAUCCUCUACCGACGUCAUCGCCGGCGAGAACAAAAUCGUCACCGCGGGCGGCUUCGACACUCACAUCCACUUCAUCUGUCCCCAGCAGGUCGACGAGGCGCUCGCUUCUGGUAUCACGUCAAUGCUGGGCGGUGGCACCGGCCCCUCGACCGGCACGAACGCGACUACCUGCACGCCAGGCCCCACGCACAUGCGCCAGAUGAUCCAGGCCACUGACCACCUCCCGGUCAAUAUCGGCAUCACCGGCAAGGGUAACGACUGCGAAGGGCUCAGUAUUGAGGAGCAGAUCCAUGCCGGCGCCGCAGGUCUCAAGCUGCACGAGGACUGGGGCUCCACCCCGGCGGCCAUCGACUCGUGCUUGCAGAUGUGCGACAAGUACGACGUGCAGUGCAUGAUCCAUACGGACACGCUCAACGAGUCCGGCUUCGUCGAACAGACCAUCCAGGCCUUCAAGAACCGCACCAUCCACACCUACCACACCGAGGGUGCCGGCGGCGGCCACGCCCCGGACAUCAUCCGCGUGGUCGAGCACGCCAACGUGCUCCCCAGCAGUACCAACCCCACCCGGCCCUUCACCAUGAACACGCUCGACGAGCACCUGGACAUGCUGAUGGUGUGCCACCACCUGUCGAAGAAUAUCGCCGAGGACGUGGCCUUCGCCGAGAGCCGCAUCCGCGCCGAGACCAUCGCCGCCGAGGACGUGCUACACGAUCUGGGUGCCAUCAGUAUGAUGUCGUCCGACUCGCAGGCCAUGGGCCGCUGCGGCGAGGUCAUCCUGCGCACCUGGAACACCGCCCACAAGAACAAGGAGCAGCGCGGCCCGCUGCCCGAGGACGAGGGCACCGGCGCCGACAACUUCCGCGUCAAGCGCUACAUCAGCAAGUACACCAUCAACCCAGCCAUCGCCCAGGGCAUGGCCCAUCUCAUUGGUAGCAUUGAGGUCGGCAAGGUCGCCGACCUGGUUAUCUGGCAUCCCAGCUCAUUCGGCACCAAGCCGACUCAGGUGUUGAAGAGUGGGACGAUCGUGGCGGCGCAGAUGGUAUUUCACACUACCUUCCUUGCUCUUUAUCUGAAUACAUGGCUAACUUUGUUGACAGGGUGA